GAAAAACUGUGAGGAUUAUUUCCUACGAUCACUGAAGGCAGCAUGUUGGACCGUCCAGCGCUGCAUUCUCGUGACGUCAAUUUUAUCCGACACACAUUCAGUUCGUGCCUGGAGGAUCGGAUCAGAUAUUAAACACACAUGCGGAGGAUGAACUUUAAACCUGGCUGGCUGCUGCUUCUUACCAUCUCUGCCGGGGUCUGGUCGGUGCCCAUAGAGCGCAAUGGAGGCAACCAGGAGCCUAAAGAGGAGGUGCCGGAGGAGAACAUGGACACUGGCCUGUACUACGACAGGUACCUCAGAGAGGUGAUUGAGGUUUUGGAGACAGACCCUCACUUCAGAGAGAAACUGCAGACGGCGAACACAGAGGACAUCAAGAAUGGGCGCCUCAGUAAAGAGCUGGACCUGGUCGGUCAUCAUGUCAGGACUCGGCUGGAUGAGUUGAAGCGUCAGGAGGUUUCUCGUCUGAGGAUGCUGCUGAAGGCCAAACUGGACAGCACCAACACUCAGAGCCUUCAGAUGGACCACGCCUCUCUGCUGAAGCAGUUCGAACAUCUGGAUCCACACAAUCAAAACACUUUUGAGGCCAAAGACCUUGAGCUGCUGAUCUCUACGGCCACGAAGGACCUGGAGAACUACGAUGCCGAGCGCCACGAGGAGUUUAAACGCUACGAGAUGCUGAAGGAACACGAAAGGAGGGAAUACCUGAAGGGUCUGGACCAGGAGAAGAGGGAGAAGGAGGAGAAGAGGCUGCAGGAGCUGAAGGAUAAACACAGACAGCACCCUAAAGUUAACGUUCCGGGCAGUGUUGCUCAGCUGCGGGAAGUUUGGGAGGAGACAGAUGGACUGGAUCCUCAGGAGUUCAACCCCAAAACCUUCUUUAAGCUGCAUGAUACAAAUGAAGACGGUGUCUUAGAUGAGCAGGAAUUGGAGGCUCUCUUCACAAAGGAGCUGGAGAAAGUCUACGACCCAAAGAACGAGGAGGACGAUAUGAUGGAGAUGGAGGAGGAAAGGCUGAGGAUGAGGGAGCACGUCAUGAAAAACGUGGAUACAAAUAAAGACCGGCUCGUCAGCCUGGAUGAAUUCCUCAAAUCCACAGAGAAGAAGGAGUUCAAUAAUCCCAAAGAGUGGGAGACUCUGGACACCAAUCCGGUGUACACAGAGGAGGAGCUCCAGCGGUUUGAGGCCGAGCUCAGGGACAAAGAGGAGGAGCUGAAGAGGAGGGCGGAGACUCUUCGUCAGGAGCAGGAGCUGCUGAAGGAGAGAGGAAAAGCCCUGGAGGCACAGAGGAGAGAGUACCAGCAGGCAGUGCUAGAGAUGUCUCAGAGACAGAAAGAACAGCAGGCAGCAGAUGGGCAGCCUCCUGCGGGUCCUAAUGGAGAACUACAGUUUCAAGCACAGACACAGAAGCCUGAUGAUAAAGAGGCAAAAGCUCCGGCUGAACCCGAACCCGAAGUCCAGAACAAUCUGCCCGCAGAGCCUCCACAGAAUCUGCCUUCACACACUUGAAGCACUCGAACAGCCUUAACACACUCAGACACAUAUAUAUGCACAUAUACACACAAACACACAUUUUGAGUUGCACUGACACAGAUAUCCAGAUGGGUUCUGCAAACUGAGUUAUGUGAAUACUGUGUGUAUAAAGUCCGACAGGCCGUCUUGUUUCUCAUGACAUAUUGUACUGUGUGCUCUACUCUGUGGUCUACGUUAGAUUAAAGAUCUCAAAACAGCAGAUAUUAGUACAUGUAUUCUCAGAAAAUCUUCAGUUUCAGUGAAACUGUCAUUCAUGAAGGGUCUUCAGUGUGAAAUCGCAAACACCCUCCAAUAAAGUCUUAAUUUAAAACCUCUAAA